AUGCAUCUAACUCCGGCUCUAUCGUUUCUCUUCGCCCUCAUCUCCCUCUCCCAGCUUGCCUCGGGCCUGAAGCUCAUCGAGUCCAAGUCUCUCACACCAUGCGCAAACACAGCCACACAGAAUAAUGCCGACUUCACCGCAACACUCUUCAACAUCGCCUUCACCCCGGAGAACCGCACUCUCAAUGUCAACUUCCUCGGUGUCUCCUCCAUCGAUGGCUACGUCACUGCUCGUCUGGAGCUGUAUGCCUACGGAUAUCCGGCCGUUGACCAAAAGUUCGAUCCUUGUGAUCCCAGUAUCGACCUCAAGGGUCUCUGCCCCAUGAGUGCCGGUCCCAUCGAACUUCACUCCAACAUCCUCAAUCUCUCAGACGAUAUCAUCAACAAAGUACCCGGAAUCGCGUACAAUGUCCCUGAUAUCGAUGCCAAAUUUCGUGCCUACAUCUACAAACGUGAAACUGGCGCAACCAUCGCCUGUUUCGAGGGCCAACUCUCCAAUGCCAAAACCGUCUAUCACAGGACGGUCGGUUGGAUAGUUGCCGUCAUUGCUGGCAUAGGACUCGUCGCUUCGGCCAUCACGUCUGGUCUCGGCCAUUCCAACACCGCAGCACACGUCGCCGCCAACGCACUCUCCCUCUUCAGCUUCCUGCAAGCCCAAGCCAUGAUCGGUCUGACCUCCGUCACCCUGCCUCCCGUCGUUCAGGCUUGGACUCAGAACUUCCAGUGGAGCAUGGGUAUCAUCCACGUUGGCUUCAUCCAGAGGAUCUGCACUUGGUACCAGCGCGCCACAGGUGGAACGCCAGCGACCGUCCUCGAUUCCCUCACCACCACAUCCAUCCAGAUCAAGAAACGAUCCAUGGAAGUCAUGAACCAUGUCCUCACCCAUCCCAACGGCCUAACCAAACGUGUUAACAAUAACCCGUCCGUCGGAGAAACCAUCAAUAACAUCGUCCUACGUGGUAUCGACAGAGUCGCCUUUAAAGCUAAGAUGGAGACUACAAACUUCUUCAUGACUGGACUUCUCUUCUUUGUCCUCUUUGUCACCUUUGUAGUGCUUCUUGUUACCGCGUUCAAGGGAUUCUGUGAAUUGGCCGCCAAGAACGGCUGGAUGAAGACUGACAAGUUCCAGGAGUUCAGGAACGGGUGGAAGAUUGUCAUGAGAGGAAUUCUCUUCAGAUUGGUUGACUCCCCGGCUAUAGUGAUCCUUGCCGUCUUCAUGUUGCUCUCGGUUAUCGGCUCUCUCAGCUGGGCGGCGUUCAAAGUCAUCAGUCUAGCCAAGAAAUCAGUCCAGAUGCACAAGAACCCAGCCUAUAUACUCUACUCUGACCCAUCAGCCCUCAACAAAUGGGGGUUCCUCUACGUCCAGUACCGCGCAACUGCUUACUACUGUGUCGUUCCGCUUCUCGGCUAUAUCCUGAUUAAGUCCAUGUUCAUUGGUCUUGCUCAAAAGGCACCAUAUGUCCAGGCUAUCUCCCUUUUGAUCAUCGAACUUGCUGUGCUUAUUGGUGUCUCUAUCCUGCGACCAUGGAUGGAUAAGAAGACAAAUAUCUUCAACAUCUCCAUUGCUGCUGUUAACUUCUUUAACGUCAUCCUCCUUCUCUUCUUUAGUGAAAUCUUCAAGUUGCCAGGCCUUGUUGUCGGGGUUAUGGGUGUAGCCUUCUUCGUCAUCAAUGCUGUCUUCGCUCUCAUCCUCUUGAUCCUCGUUCUCAUUGCCUCAGGCUACGCAAUGCUAUCCAAGAACCCCGACACCCGCUACCAGCCCAUGCGUGACGACCGAGGAUCUUUCAUCAAAUCUCAGACUCAACUCACCACUGAGCUCGAUGCUCUAGGUGCCACAGCCCGCGGUGAAGGUAAAUUCAACGAAUUUGAAGAUGACUCUACCUCCCUCUCAGGGCAGUCCAACGGCCGUGCACCACUUGAUACUCGUUCUACCAACGACCAGCACGCCCCGGGCCAAGGAUACCCUAACCGUCCUCCACACUCUCCCGUAGAUCCCUCUGUUCCCCUUUUCCCAUCCAGCGUGUCCACUCACUCUGCCCAUUCCCAGAGAACUGGCGGACCACAACAAUACCAAUCUCAACCCGCCUUCCAUGAUGCAUCAUCCGUCCAUUCAUCCCCAUACUCACAUAAUCCAUCAUCUACCCCAGGCGGGUACACCACUUCGCCUUUCCCACGCACGGGUUCGGCAAAUCCCCAUACAGCCAGGGCGCAGAAUAACGCCAGUCCAUGGCAGAGGGGCGCCGGUUAUGACUAA